AUGACUAAAAUUAUGAUCAGAUAAAAGUGGCUUUUAAAGUCUUAAUGUCUUUUCUUGAACUUUUGGAUUGAUGUGGAGAUAUAUUAAAGUGAGAAAAAGUAAUUAUAAUUUUAGAUAAUCUUCUCUUUGA